GUUCUAAGAAGACACUAAUUGAACAACUCUGGACUUGCUACCUAAAGAGAAACAACAAUGGCAGAAGUUCCAAAUUUAAGUGAUCUCCCUAUGGACAACAGUGACAACGAUGAAGAAUUUUAUGCCUGUGACGUUCCCAACAACAUGAAGGCCAAUAAAUAUUCACACUGCCAUGAAAGCCUUUCCAAAAUGCAUCUUCAGAUAAGAAAGCCGGAAAAAACAGGGCAUUUGCUCAAGAAACUGAAAGCGGUUGGUGUAGUUAUGGGAAAAUUUAGGGAAUGUCGAGGACUGAAGAAUCAGCUCUUUUUCUAUGAUGAUGAUCUGCUGCCUCCAGUCCUGGUGAACGAAAGCGUUACCUAUAAAGAAGAGAGGACAGUAGAAGCUGCUGAACGGAGAUUCGUAAAAGAUUCCGCUGAACCAUCAGAGCACACUAUAAAAGACCGAAACGAUAGGCUCUUCAAAAUGGAAGGCGAUGACUCUGUUGUGGCCUCAUAUCUAGCAGUGGGGAAUGAACACUUGGCAGUGAAAGUGAAGCUGGACACUUACUUUGAAAGAAAUCAUGAUAACUUGAAACGUCCCGUCACGAUGGGGAUUGUAGGCCGGAAUCUCUAUUUUUACUGCACUGAAGAAGGGAACUCAAAUCGGGUCCUCAGUCUCAUGGCAGUCGACAUAAAUGAAAAAGCGAAGACCAAUGAGGUGGUGCCCUUCAUCUUCUACUGCAGGCCAUCAGAUAACAGGUCGCGCUAUAGUUUUGAGUCCGCGGCCUUCCCUAACUAUUAUAUAAGCACCUCUCAAAAAGAGAGUGAGAAAGUGCAAAUAAAGCAGAAAGACGAUCAAACCGUCGUGAUGGAUUUCCGAUUAUCUCCAAAGUUUAUAUAAGAUGGCGCCACUUGUAUGUACGUACCAUGUACUGACGGAACCGUUCUUGGUCCAGGGCUUCUCAAGCGUUUUCUUCGACGGCUUCAACUGCCAAACCAUGGUCACACUUGGGUCUUCACAUCCCUGCAGAAAAGGUGGACAUGUAGAUAAAGGCAUGAAUCCUUACUGUAGGUUCCACAGCGCCCCUAUAUUGUCCAUAAUGAGUGCUGAUAUGGCAGGACAUAUUAACACAGAGCAAUGGUCGGGAAUGAAUAUCUGUUUAGCCGAUGAGUGGCCCGUGUGAAAGGACCUUAAGGCUAGGUCUACACGACGACAUUUGUCGCGCGACAUUUUGUUGCACCAAUGUCGCGCGACAAUUUUUAUAAUGGCAG